CUCAUCAUAAAUGGACGAUCAAGCUCCGUUCCUUCCCUAUCUUACCUUAACCGACAUGCCUCUAAUCCCAGUGGUUUGGAAACCCUAACCCAUUAUCGUGGUGGCAGUUUGAACCCGAGCUCACAUGAACCUGACCUUCUCUGAUUAUUGCCUCCACCACGGAAACCUUUCUUCAUUCCCCAGAGGUUGAUAAAGCUUGCUUCGUACCUCGCCCAGUUCUCUUCCCUCUGCGUGGAGCAAUUUCUAGGGUUUUCAGGCGUUCAUUUUCCACAGAAGGCCUAUACAUAGAACAAAAUAUACUAUAUUUAUAAGGAGCUUUCUUUCCCAUGGUGGCAUCUGGGUUUGGUGUCCUAGGGUUCCGAAUCCAAUUCGUUUCGGAAUCAAAUCGUAGUCCUACAAUCUAAUGACUUCCUUCACCAGUAAAUGGCUCAGUUUCACUACUUCCCUGUUAUCUCUUUUGCCAUUCUCUACGUCUUCGUUGUUCUGUGCACGAUUCCUAACUUUGUUCUCACAGUCACGAACCAACCUGAUGACUUUUCCAUUAUAGAUUCCGAUUUGAAUGUCUUCCAUCAGGAUUAUUCGCCGCCGGCUCCGCCGCCACCGCCGCCACACCCGCCGUCCGUUUCGUGCACCGAUGACCUGGAUGGAAUCGGCUCCUUGGACACUACGUGUCAGAUAGUCGCCGAUUUGAACCUCACUGGCGACGUGUACAUAGAAGGGAAGGGCAAUUUUUAUAUCCUGCCCGACGUGAGGUUUCACUGUGCAAUUCCUGGCUGUUUUAUUACAGUUAACAUUUCUGGUAAUUUUAGUUUAGGUAACAGUUCGUCGAUUUUAGCCGGAGGCUUUGAGCUUGUGGCUUAUAAUGCGAGCUUUCUCAACGGUUCUACGGUGAACACCACGGCGUUGGCCGGGGAUCCACCGCCGCAGACGAGUGGGACCCCACAAGGGAUAGACGGAGCAGGUGGGGGACACGGAGGGCGUGGCGCGUGUUGUUUGGUGGAUAAGACGAAGCUUCCUGAGGACGUCUGGGGAGGCGACGCGUAUUCAUGGGCGUCGCUGCAGAGGCCGUGCAGUUACGGAAGUCGGGGUGGGUCGACCAGCAAGGAGGUGGAUUAUGGUGGAUAUGGUGGCGGGAGGGUGAAGCUGCAAGUUGCCCAGUUUCUUGUGGUGGAUGGGACUCUUUUGGCUGACGGGGGUAAUGGAGGAACCAAAGGGGGAGGUGGCUCAGGUGGCAGCAUCUACAUCAAGGCUUUUAAAAUGACUGGUGGUGGCAGGAUAAGUGCUUGUGGAGGUGAUGGAUAUGCUGGUGGUGGUGGUGGAAGAGUGUCUGUUGACGUUUUUAGCAGGCACGAUGAGCCAACAUUAUCCGUGCAUGGAGGAAGUAGUUAUGCGUGUCCAGACAACGCAGGUGGUGCCGGGACUUUAUAUGAUGCUGUUCCUCGAAGUCUUAUUAUUAGCAAUCAUAACAAAUCAACAGAUACAGAUACUCUUCUUUUGGAAUUUCCUAAUCAGCCUCUUUGGACCAAUGUUUAUGUUAGAAACAAGGCUAGGGCAACUGUUCCAUUGCUUUGGAGUCGUGUCCAGGUACAAGGACAGAUCAGUCUCUUAUGCGGGGGAGUGUUAAGCUUUGGUCUACAACAUUAUGCUUCGUCAGAAUUUGAGUUAUUGGCAGAGGAACUGUUAAUGAGUGACUCUGUAAUGAAGGUGUAUGGUGCCUUGCGUAUGUCUGUAAAGAUGUUCUUGAUGUGGAAUUCCAAAAUGCUUAUAGAUGGGGGUGGAGAUGUAACUGUUGCAACUUCCUUACUUGAAGCUAGUAAUUUAGUUGUUCUUAGGGAAUCAUCUGUGAUACACUCUAAUGCAAAUCUGGGAGUUCAUGGACAAGGUUUAUUGAAUUUAUCAGGACCAGGGGAUUUGAUUGAAGCACAACGAUUGGUUCUAUCAUUAUUUUACAGUAUUCAUCUUGGACCUGGAUCUGUGUUGCGUGGUCCCUUGGAGAAUGCAACAUCAGAUUAUGUGACGCCAAAGCUAUAUUGUGAGAGCCAAGAUUGUCCUAUUGAACUGCUUCAUCCACCUGAAGAUUGCAACGUGAACUCAUCCCUUUCCUUUACUCUUCAGAUCUGCCGAGUUGAGGAUAUUACUGUUGAAGGUCUUGUAAAAGGGUCUGUUGUUCAUUUUCACAGGGCAAGGACUAUUGAUGUCCAGUCAUCUGGAACAAUAAGUGCAUCUGGAAUGGGCUGCACAGGUGGUGUUGGCAGAGGAAAUAUUCUAAGCAAUAUUAGCAGUGGUGCUGGGCAUGGUGGUAAAGGUGGGGAUGGAUGUUUUAAUGGUAGUUGUGUUGAGGGUGGUAUAUCAUAUGGCAAUGCAGACUUGCCUUGUGAACUUGGUAGCGGAACUGGAAACGACACUUCAGGGGAUUCUACUGCUGGUGGUGGUAUCAUAGCAAUGGGUUCAAUGGAGCAUCCCUUGUCAACUUUGUCAAUUGAAGGGUCAGUGAGGGCAGAUGGAGAAAGUUUUGAAAUGGCUGCCAGAAAAGGUAAAUAUGCUGUUCUUAAUGGUUCAAGUGGAGGUCUUGGGGGUGGAUCUGGUGGAACCAUACUGCUGUUUUUGCAAACCCUAGAGCUUGGUGAUUCUGCUGUUCUUUCAAGUCUUGGGGGGCAUGGUAGUCCAAAUGGUGGUGGUGGGGGCGGUGGUGGAAGAAUUCAUUUUCAUUGGUCAGCCAUUCCUGCUGGAGAUGUGUACCAGCCCAUUGCAAGUGUGAAAGGAAGCAUCCAUGCAGGUGGAGGGUUGGGUAGAGAUGAGAGUGGUCCUGGAGAAAAUGGAACUGUGACUGGGAAAGCUUGCCCAAAAGGUCUCUAUGGAACUUUUUGCCAGGAAUGUCCAGUCGGCACUUAUAAGAAUGUCAGUGGAUCUGAUAAGGGACUUUGUCACCCUUGCCCUGCUCAUGAGCUUCCCAAUCGUGCCAUUUAUAUACCUGUCCGAGGUGGUGUUGCUGAGACUCCUUGUCCUUACAAAUGCGUUUCAGACAGAUACCACAUGCCACAAUGUUAUACUGCUAUCGAGGAGUUGAUUUAUACAUUUGGCGGACCUUGGCUAUUUGGUCUCCUUCUUAUUGCUCUUCUUAUCCUUUUGGCUUUGGUGCUUAGUGUUGCACGAAUGAAAUUUGUCGGGGUUGAUGAAUUGCCUGGCCCAGCUCCAACUCAACAUGGCUCUCAGAUAGAUCAUUCCUUCCCAUUCCUGGAGUCUCUGAAUGAGGUUUUGGAAACAAACAGAGCUGAGGAGUCCCAGAGUCAUGUGCACAGAAUGUACUUUAUGGGUCCAAAUACUUUCAGUGAACCUUGGCAUCUCCCGCACACUCCUCCAGAACAAAUUAAAGAGAUUGUAUAUGAGGGUGCUUUCAAUUCAUUUGUAGAUGAGAUUAAUGCUAUAGCUGCUUAUCAAUGGUGGGAGGGAGCUAUGUACAGUAUUCUCUCUGUUUUUGCCUAUCCACUUGCAUGGUCAUGGCAGCAGUGGCGAAGGAGACUGAAACUGCAGCGUUUGCGAGAGUUUGUUCGAUCAGAAUAUGAUCAUGCUUGCUUAAGGUCUUGCCGUUCACGUGCUCUCUAUGAAGGGAUUAAGGUUGCUGCAACUUCUGAUUUAAUGCUAGCAUAUGUUGAUUUCUUCCUUGGUGGAGAUGAAAAGAGGAGUGAUCUUCCUCCUCGCUUACAGCAAAGAUUCCCAAUGUCAUUACCUUUUGGAGGUGAUGGAAGUUACAUGGCUCCUUUUUCACUUCAAAGUGAUAAUAUUGUUACAAGCCUCAUGAGUCAGUCAGUUCCGCCUACCACAUGGUAUCGUCUAGUUGCUGGUCUGAAUGCACAAUUGCGGUUGGUUUGCCGUGGGCGCCUAAGAGUGACAUUUAGGUCUGUUGUCAGGUGGCUUGAAAGUUAUGCCAAUCCUGCUUUAAGGAAUCAUCAUGUACGCGUUGACCUUGCUUGGUUUCAGGCCACCGCUUGUGGUUAUUGUCAUUAUGGACUUUUGGUGUAUGCCAUUCAAGAAGAUAGUGGUCCUACAUCCAUCACUAGCGUUGAAGGGGCACUACGAACUGACCAACAGUUGAGUGCAAAGAGCUCUUACAAAGAAAAUCCUUCUGCUAAUUUGAGAGAAGACAUAGGAUUGAGCCUAGCUCACACAAACAUGGAAAAUUAUACGAGGCCAAGAAGAGCAUAUGGUGGAAUAUUAGAUGCUAACAAUUUACAGAUGCUUGAAGAGAAGAGGGAUGUAUUUUAUCUUCUCUCUUUUAUUCUUCAUAACACUAAGCCUGUUGGACACCAGGAUCUUGUUGGCUUAGUCAUCUCAGUUCUACUUUUAGGAGAUUUUAGCUUAGUUUUGCUUACUUUGCUCCAGUUGUAUUCAUUUUCACUGGUGGACGUCUUUCUGGUUUUGUUUAUUUUACCCCUUGGCAUUCUUCUCCCAUUUCCUGCUGGAAUCAAUGCUCUAUUCAGUCAUGGACCUAGGCGUUCGGCAGGCCUUGCACGUGUCUAUGCUUUGUGGAACAUUACCUCUUUAAUUAAUGUUGUGGUUGCUUUUCUUUGUGGAUAUGUUCACUAUAACACUCAAUCAUCAAGUAAAAAACGUCCAAGUCUUCAGCCUUGGAAUAUUAGCAUGGAUGAAAGUGAAUGGUGGAUUUUUCCGACAGGAUUGGUUCUUUGUAAAGUUUUUCAAGCCCAACUUAUUAAUUGGCAUGUUGCAAAUCUGGAGAUUCAAGACCGUUCCUUGUACAGCAAUGAUUGUGAGCUGUUCUGGCAGUCAUGACAAUAUUUGGUUAGAAAAUAUAUCCCCCACAUUAACAAGUCUUUUUUUUUUUUGGGUCAAAAUAUUUUCUGUUAGCGUUAUUUUGAGAGUAGGGAGUGAUUGACAUAGACAAGUAGAGAAAAAAAAGAAAAAGAAAAAAAAACGAAAUCAUUAAGGUGAAAAAAAUAGGUGGAGAGGCAUUCAUUAUUGUAAUAACAUUUGAAAAAUGUGCAGUCAUUUUUUUUUUUCCCGAUGUAAAUAUUGAAUGGGUUUAAAACCCAUUACUUUUGUGGAUUCUUCAUUCUGAGUACCCCUACCUUUCCCUAUAGUUUCCAUGCCGUCCGGUAAUGUGGAUGUAAUCAAAUUCUCUUGAGUAAAAUAUUCAUGUAUUUACGGACCGACGAUUAUUUUGAUAAACUGUACGGAAUCGUUUUGCA